AUGUCUUAUAUUUUUGGUAAGGAAGAAAAUUAUAAGAAUUAUAAAGGGUCUAGUGAAUUGAAUAGAAACUGUGAAGGGUCUAGUGAAUCGGAUAGAAACUUUGAAAGGUCUAGUGAAUCGGAUAAAAACUUUGAAGAAUCAAAUGAAUCGAUUAGAAAUUAUGAUAAUGAUGAAGACUCUGGUCAAUCUCUUGAAAAUGAUCUAAUUUCAGAUUUUGGAGAUGAAAAUUUUGAUAGACGGUCUGAAGACUAA